AUGACAAAAAAGGACCUUCCCUUACUUUGCUUGCAUGAGUUCAAGCUUGGGUCCAAUGCCUCCCAAACUGCUACCAAUCUCAACAGAACAUGGGGAGAGGGGUCCACAAGUGAUCGCACAAUACGAAAGUGGUUUCAGAAUGUCCGUAGUGGUGAUGAAGGCCUUGAAGAUGAAGGAGGUAGAGUAUGUUCAUGCAGUCUUGACAAUGAACAACUGAAAGUAGUUGUUGAACAACACUCAGGUCAAAGUGUCAGAGAAAUGUCUCAGGAACUUGGUGUGGGUAUUUCAAAAGUCUUAUACAAUCUGCAGAAGAUUGAUAAGGUGAAAAAGCUCGAUAAAUGGGUACCGCAUGAGCUCAAGGAAAAUUAA